UGAAGGAAAGAGGACGCAGUGACAGACUCGAGAGCAAUAUCGUUUGUUUGCAGUUGUUUGGUGGACUGGGCAAUACGACAGUAACAUUCUGAGGCGGGCUAGGAGGAAGUUGCUUGGCCGUGUUGUUUGCUGAGGAAGGAACGGUCGAUCAGUCGCGCCGUUGACGUUGUGCGGGAAGGCACAUACCCCCGAUCCCCGCCACCGCGUCGCUGCAGCGGUUCGCAUUCGACCCUCGACGUUUGCAACAACCCCAACGUGAGCCGUCGCUCGUACUGUUUUACCUGUCAUGGAAGCACCAGACGCUGCUAGACAAAAUGUUGGCCUGCCUUCGAUAAACCAUAUGGACUCCAAUAGGUUCAAGCGAAAAGAGAGUGAAUACCAGCGGAAACUCUCAACACCUGCGAUGGCCAGUCCGUUGCACCCUUAUUCGGGGCCGUCGCAUUUGCACGGCACCCACCAAUCGCCGCCCGCCAGCGCAGUACCCGGCUCGCUUGCUGGUCUGCUAUCGCCCCCGGAAUCACGCAGGACCUCUGGCGACGAGAAGGAUGUCCACAACCCUGCGGCACGGCUAUCGCUGCCGUCAAUAUCUGAGGCCCUGGGAGCAGAACAAUCGCUGCCCUACCCGGGACCUGCCCCACCCCCACCCUCUGUCCCGGCACCAACAUCUCAGCAUUACGCACCGAUUUCUUCCAACACCUCACCCUCAGAACCUCGCAAAAAACCAUUCGAGUCUGAUUCUUAUAGCGCCCAAGGACCGUCUAAUCCGUUCUCGCACCCUCGUAGUCCUUUCGUCGGUAUAUCCGCUUCCCAGGUACCACCCCCACCCCCACCACCACCACCACCACAGAGCCAAGUGGAUUCGGCACCUCGACCAGCAUAUGAGCCACGUCCUGCGUACUCGACAUCGCAACACAAUCCGAGAUUACCAUCACUACACCCUAUCAAGACCACGCAGUCACCGCCACCACCUCCUGCCGCUCGACCAAACCUGCCAUACUCAUACCCUCCUGCGCCGUCGCCAGCCUAUGAUCCUCCUGCUCCUGAACCAUCCGAACCCAUGAAUCGUCAGUAUGGCUACCAGCAAUACGCAUCUUACCCUCCGUCGGCACCUGCUCCAAGUGGACCGCCUGCGGCAUAUCCUCCUUCGACCUCGACUUACUCCGCAACUCCUCGUUAUUACCCUACAUCACUACGUGACAACACCGAAGCUCGCCUCGAAGAGAAGAAGCUCAAUCGCGCUAGCCUCGCUCCGUAUGGGGAGUCUGUCAAACGUCAUUUGGAUAGCUUCGACCUUGAGGCAUCUUUGAACGAGAUGGCCGACGGAUGUGGGCGCAUCUCGGAAUUCUCCAAGGUUUAUCGUCAAAGAGCACAUGAGAACCAGCGUAUCGGCAUGACGCCUCAGUCAUUACCAAGACUGGAAGAUAUCGACGACAUGAUCAAACAAGGUGAAAGGGUUCAGAUGUCUCUCCAACGCAUGAGAGAUGUCGUCUUCAACCACCAUCAAGCCAGCAUCGCCGAGCCACCUCGAGAAGCUCACUACCGACGUGCCAAUGGUUACGACCAUGAGGCGUCAAGCAACUACGGCGACGAGAUGAAGAGCAGCGGUGGGUUCGCUGGCAGUGACAACAAGACGCGAAAACGAGGCGUAAGUCCUUCUAAUCCACUCAUUGACUGCAUCAUCUUGACCUCGGUACAGCGAGCCGCUCCUCCUGGUCGAUGCCACAGCUGCAAUCGUGCCGAGACACCUGAAUGGCGCAGAGGCCCCGAUGGCGCUCGAACUUUGUGCAAUGCCUGUGGUCUCCGUAGGUUGCACCUCUGUGCUUCUUUCUUCACUUACUGAUCCAUCGCAGACUAUGCAAAAUUAACCAGGAAGAUUGGCAAGGAUGCCAUGACCAGCUCUAACCUCCGGCCGAAAUCGAUCGACCAUGGCUCCCCUGCAGUCUGAGCAGGAACACCCUGUGUUUACU